ACCAGGUCGAAGACGAAUUCUCUAAACUCUAUGCGAUCAACGAAUCGCUGCUCAAACUAAGCGCAAUUCGCUCGGAAGUAAUGAAAGCCUUCGAAAACUUCUCCAGAUUAGCAAUACUUCCCCCAGAAUCGACCAACAUCGACAAAUUGACUUCAAGCGUCUUCAAGCCAGUCUUCCGCUCGAUCGAAGCCCUCUCCAACGCCGACUACUCCUUCUUCGAAACACCCCGCGUAAACUGCUCCCGACAAAGACACGCUCCGGACACAAUCAACGAAAUCGCAUCUCACAGAAAAAAACGCCGAAAAUUCAUGGAAAAUGCCAACUUGAUCUUCGCAAACAAACUAAAAGCCUACUCUCUAAACUCAUUCAACUUCCUUAAAAAACCUCCAAUCGACGAAUUCUGCAAUCUCGAAUCCAUCAUCGCCGAAGUCAAGCAACUCAAGGGAGACCGAAUCCAAUUGGAGGCAUCCAACUUUUCCCCCUAUCCCGAUGCCCAAACCCACGCCGACGAACGCGUCCAAAACCACCCAAACCCUCAACUACGAACCAUUCAGCUCCGACUCGAGAUCAGACCGCGACUUUUCACCGCCCUUAUCUCUUUGACGACCUUCAAAAACAAUGUAAAACAUUUAAAAAAAAUAUGCGUACUGUCAUGCGAAGAGUCAACCGACGGCGCUUCUCGAGCCCAGAGCAGUCAUCCCGUGUUUUGUAGGCUGACAGACUACGCGUCAGAAGCACUUCAGUUUUUCAAUCAGUACCACUCAAACCCUCUAAUGUCGCUGUUGCUAUGGACCCUAUCAUAUGAAGACAUCUUCACUGCAGCCUGCUCUGUGUGCAAGAAGAAAAUCGCAGACGAAGGAAUCUACGGCAUGCUGCCACCUCUCAAAACUAAAAAUUUCAGGCCGCACUCGAGACACCAUUUCUCGUGCGGCUAA